AUGGCAGAAUUCGAUAUUAUCGCCUUCAACAUUGCGGCCUUCAUCAGUGGACUCUUUGUCCUUGAAUUUGGUGCUGACAAGUUCAUUGACAACACUGCGAAAUUGGCAGCUCGAUUGAAUGUGUCACCAACAUUGAUCGCUUUGCUAACUUCAGGUGCCGAAUGGGAAGAACUUGUCGUGGUCGUGGCCGCCAUCUCCCAGCAUCAAUCUUCGCUCGCAAUUGGUAAUAUCAUUGGAUCAUACAUCUCAAAUAUUCUAGGUGCAUUCUCUCUAGGUCUUAUCUUCUAUCCCAGUUCUAUUAAAUUUGACAAAAGCUCAAAAAUUUACACCACUAUUCUUCUCAUCAUCACUACUUUAUUAUCGAUAUUCAUUCUUUUCUUCGAAUCUUUGGGAAGAAUAGUAGGAGCGACGCUUAUCGCUGUCUUUGGGACAUAUGUCGCAUCCAUAGCAUAUGCAAUAUACCAAGGCAUCAUGGAAGCGCCAGAGAAUGACUCGGAUAGUGACAGUGAUACUUCUUCGGAUGAGAGGGACUUUGAUGAGACUUCGCUUGAAAAGUCACGCUCUCCAAUUCACUCAAGUAACACUAGACUUCAAACCAUGUCACGGUCUAACGAUGACUAUGAAAAUCUUCCACCGCGAGAAUCUUUCGAAGAACAAAAUGAAGGAACUAGUCUAAAAGAUAACUUCAAAAUCCAACGCAAGACUGCCCGUUCCAUUAUAAACCAUAUUGUACACCUUACGCUAGGUCUUCUCGCACUUUCCCUCUCCGGGUAUAUUCUAUCUCAUAGUCUCUCGUCUCUAGCAACGACACUUUCUCUAUCCACUACCGUUCUUGGCACUACUAUCCUUUCAAUCGCGACAACUCUUCCUGAAAAGCUUAUCGCCAUACUUUCCGGAAAGAAAAGGCAGGGAGGAAUCAUCAUCGCGAAUACAACCGGCUCAAAUAUCUUUCUGCUGACAUUAUGUGCGGGCGUACUAUUUCUUGCUGGUGAUUUGAAGGCUUUGAGAGAUAGCGUGGGUAUAUCUGAGGUGGCUUACUGCAGUCUCAAAUCAAACCAUUCCCUUGAGAAGAAGCCCAGCAUCGUUGUAGUGACCGAGAAUGAACCUCAAGAUUCUUCGUUAGAUUCUUCCUUGCAUUCACGUUUCUCCCAAUGUUCCUUGCCUCUACGAUAUGCACAACGAGUAGCAGAAUUACUAUGGAAGUUUGCCAAGUUCACUGGCCCAGGUGCUAUCAUCAGCGUGGCAUAUAUCGACCCUGAUAACUAUCAGUCGGAUUUAUCAGCGGGUGCAAAAUUUAAGUCAGUUCUCGCCAAUAGCCUUUUCCAAUCCUGUGCCAUUCUAGGCGGGAACCUCAUGCCUCAUACCAUCUAUCUGGGCUCUGGUCUCGUGCAAGCCCGCAUGCGCGAAUUCGAUCAUCAAAAUGAAAAAUACCACGAAACCCGCACAUCCGACUCGCGCUUCGCAAUCAUGCUCUAUCGACCCACCCUCUCUGCUAUCAAAUCCUGCAUGACAUAUACCAUAGCGGAACUCUGCAUCACACUAUUCGUAGUCGCCAGUUUUGUCAAUUCCGCCAUUUUGAUCGUCGCAGCCGCUAGUCUAUCGGAGGAUGCAAACCACGAUGCGGAUUUACAGGGCAUGUACUAUCUUUUUGUGGAUACGAUUGGGCAGGCGGCAGGUACAUUUUUUGCAGUGGGAUUGCUGUUCUCGGGUGUGAGUGCGGGGAUUGUGGCGACGAUGGCGGGUCAACUUAUUUGUGAGGGGGCGAUGGAGUGGCGCGUGUCGCCUUUUUGUAGGAGGUUGGUUACGAGGCUGGUUUCGAUUGGGCCGGCGGUGGUGGUUGCGGUGGCGAUGGGGGAGAGGGGCCUUGCGGAGGCGCUGAAUGCGUGUAAUGUGGUGUUGUCGGUUUCGUUGAUCUUUGUUACGUUUCCGUUGGUGUGGUAUACGUGUUGUGAGAGGUAUAUGAGGGUUGGGGUUGAUGAUGGCGUUGAUUAUGGGGAGGGGAAUGGGGGUGAAGUUGGGAAUGGGAAUAGGGUGGUGGGGGUUUUGGAGGGAGGAUUGAGGGGUGUGGUUAGGGAUGCAGAAGGGGGAGAGAUGGGGAGAGGAGAGGGCACAGUUAGUCUAGCUAAUGGGUGGGUGGUCACAGGAGUGGGAUGGUUACUUUGGUUUGUGAUUGCUGGGUUGAACGUUGCGCUUUUAACAUUUUUAGGGUUGGGGAUUGGAGGGGAUGAUUAG